CCGCCUGGUGGUUGAGGGGCGGGGACUCGGGAAACUGUGGAUGGGAGCGGGUUCGCGGAGGCGGUGGGGAGCGGAGCCCGGAGCGCCGGGGAAAGGCCUUCAAGAUGAAUCUGGAAAAACUCAGCAAGCCUGAACUCCUAACACUAUUCAGUAUUCUUGAAGGAGAGCUUGAAGCAAGGGAUCUUGUUAUAGAAGCUUUAAAGGCCCAACACAGAGAUACUUUCAUUGAAGAACGCUAUGGAAAAUAUAACAUCAGUGAUCCUUUGAUGGCUCUACAGAGAGACUUUGAAACGCUGAAGGAGAAGAAUGAUGGCGAAAAGCAACCGGUCUGUACAAACCCGCUGUCCGUUCUCAAGGUGGUGAUGAAGCAGUGCAAGAACAUGCAGGAGCGCAUGCUGUCCCAACUGGCUGCUGCCGAGAGCCGGCACCGGAAGGUGAUCCUGGACCUUGAGGAAGAAAGGCAGAGGCAUGCACAGGACACCGCAGAAGGAGAUGAUGUCACCUACAUGCUGGAGAAGGAGAGAGAGCGGCUGACACAACAGUUGGAAUUUGAAAAGUCCCAAGUGAAAAAGUUUGAAAAAGAGCAGAAGAAGCUGUCCAGUCAGCUGGAAGAAGAGCGCUCCCGCCAUAAGCAGCUGUCCUCCAUGCUGGUCCUCGAGUGCAAGAAAGCCACCAGCAAGGCAGCCGAGGAGGGGCAGAAGGCCGGAGAGCUGAGCCUGAAACUGGAGAAGGAGAGGGGCCGGGCAAGCAAGCUGGAGGAAGAGCUGGCAGCUGAGAGGAAGCGAGGCUUACAGACCGAGGCCCAGGUGGAGAAGCAGUUGUCAGAGUUCGAUAUCGAAAGAGAACAACUGAGAGCCAAACUGAACCGAGAAGAGAACCGAACCAGAACUCUGAAAGAAGAGAUGGAAAGUUUGAAGAAGAUAGUGAAAGACCUGGAAGCUUCUCACCAGCACAGUAGCCCGAAUGAGCAGCCGAAGAAACCGGUAACCGUGUCUAAAGGCACAGUGACCGAGCCUCCCAUGCUAGUGUCUGUGUUCUGCCAAACCGAGAGCUUUCAGGCAGAAAGAACCCAUGGGAGCAACGUAGCCAAGGCAACAAGCACUGGGCUGCCUGGUCCCACCACGCCUCCUUACUCUUAUGCAAAAACCAAUGGCCAUUUUGACCCAGAGAUACAAACUACCAAGGAGUUGGUUACAGGUAGCAAUGCAGAAAACCAAGUGCCUCCGCGAGAGAAAUCUGUGGCAUUGGUCCAAGAGAAAGCAGUGGAGAAUGGUGGGUCUCCUGUGGGACUCGAAAGUCCAGUCCCAAUGCCUGGUCACCUCCCUUCCAGUGCGAGCUCACUGUCUCCCUGCAGCACUGCCUCCUCCUCCCUCUCGUCCUCUCCUUGCUCUUCACCAGUACUAACUAAGCGUUUAUUAGGGUCAUCAGCUAGCAGCCCCGGCUACCAGUCAUCCUACCAAGUAGGGAUCAACCAGCGGUUCCAUGCAGCUCGGCACAAAUUUCAGUCCCAAGCAGAUCAGGAGCAACAAGCUAGCGGUCUGCAGAGCCCCCCAUCCAGGGAUCUGUCCCCCACCCUCAUAGACAACUCCACCGCCAAGCAGCUGGCCCGAAACACAGUCACUCAGGUGCUCUCGAGAUUCACCAGCCAGCAAGGGCCCAUUAAGCCUGUCUCUCCCAACAGCUCCCCCUUUGGCACAGACUAUCGAAACCUGGCCAACACUGCCACCCCAAGAGGUGACACCAGCCAUUCACCUACUCCAGGGAAAGUGUCUAGUCCUCUGAGUCCCCUGUCUCCAGGGAUCAAGUCUCCUACCAUUCCCAGAGCUGAGAGAGGAAACCCCCCGCCCAUCCCACCCAAAAAACCUGGCCUCACUCCUUCUCCAUCCGCUCCUGCCCCACUGACCAAAACUCAUUCCCACGCGUCCUCUUUGACCACCACAGAAGACCUCACAAGCAGCUGCUCUUCAAAUGCUGUCGUCGCCAACGGCAAGGAUGUGGAGAUACCCCUGCCAACCAGCAGCUAGUCCCUAGGAGGGAGGCUCCGCAUUUGACAUUCCAGCAUACUUGGCCCAAGAGCUCAGAGUCAAACCAUUGAGUCAGAUCAUGUUAUUUAUUUUGAUAGUAGCUGAAAUCAUCUGUAUAAUACAUUUAGCAUAUUUCACCUUUUUGUAUUUUUUUAAUAGUAGAAACUGAGUAGUUUGAAUUUUUAUGACUCACCUCUUUGUACUAUCAAGCUAGACAGACACCUCAAAGAUGUCUCAAGCUGAGCAGUCACCAUUAUGUUGUGAUGAAGAAAGCUAAUUGGUUACUAGGUGGUGGCUUGCUGUCUACUUGAGGACUAGAAUCACGCGACACUCGUUUUGAAUUAUGCAGAAGUGGUUCAUGCAGAUUUUUAUUCCCGAUCCAGACAAACAUGUUUUUUAAAAGUGCCUGAAAUAAGACUGCCACGUGAAUGUGAUCCUGCAGCAAACACAUACACACAGCGGCUCAUUUAGCUGCAGAAAAGGAGAUCCUCUGAAUUCUGAAUGUUACAAACCAACACUGCUUUUAAUCCUUUCUUACUGUUUUUAAUACUACAAGCUCUGUUCAGAAACAAGGCUGCCUAAGUAGAGCGGGAAUCCUAACGGUCGUGUGAACUUACCACAAAGCUGAACUUGGUAGAACCCGUGAGAAACCCUCCUGAGCAUUAAGCAGCUGGGUGCUGAUUUUCUUGUGCUUUGGAAAAAUUAAGUCACUCCCGGUUUCCUGCAUAAAUUCUUGAAUAGAACGAAAUCACAUCUCCAUUCAGAAAAUUGUCUUCAGGCAUCUGUUGAGUAAGGAACUUUUGAUUCUGAUUAUUAGUACUUGAAUAGGAACUGGCUACUCAUUCUGUAUAAUAAAAAUUCUGCAAUAGGAUGAGAUCUUUAUUCUGUAAUCAAAAAGCAAUAACUUAAAAUUCACUCUCUUUGUAAUGUUAUAAGUCAGAAUUAUAUAGGUUUUACCAAAUUGUUACACUUGUUCUCCAAGCUGCCAACACUUGGUGUCUGUAUCUGUGGAACCAAAUUACCUUUUGUCUAAAUGGAAGUAUACAUAUAUCUGUAUAGAUACACACCCCUUUACGUGUUUAACAUACGCCCACUUACACAUAAAUAUUCAUGUAAUUAUAUCUUUGGAGUUUGCAAUAUAGCAUAAAGGACUAGUAGGAAUGCAUGUUAAGAUUACCUACCAAAGCAACUAGAUGUGGCUGGGCCCGUCAAUUAAAGGAGGAAUCCUGUCCCCAAGGAGGUGGGGAAAUUCCAGAUGAAGUCAGGUCUCCAUUGUCAUAAAAAGACAGAGCCAACCAACCCCAGUGUCACAGAACUCAGCUGGUCAUGUAAAUGAGUGAAACAGGUCACUCAGUCGAGUGUGAGACAUCUGGGAGUAGUGGGGACUAGCAACCUGAGUGCCCAAGCCCCAUUUCAAAGGUCCCUCCCCCCACCACCCCGUUCAGCUCCAGCUGCUUGUUGCUCUGCAAGAAUGCCAGACCUGGCUUACCAGCUCCUCAGAUUUUUAUGAAAUCCAGAUUUUCAUGAGAAACAUUCUCAGUUAAAUAUCAAGAACUGAUUUUUUUUUUAAUGUUAAACACUUCUGCAGCUAGAUUUCGCUCACAAGCUAUCAAGUUGCAACCUCUUCCAUUCUAGAAACUCCUGUCAUUUCCAUCAUAGCAAGUUUGUGGAGACUGAAGCCUCCAGACUUUCCAGCUUGCAGGCUAGUACAGCUGACAAAGUCCAUAGAACAUAACUGAAGCAGGGCCUGGUUGGUGCCCUGACAGCAGAGGCCUCUCGCUGUCCCUGGCCUCACCUGUCCUUGACCUACCUAUAGCUUAACAAUAGAUCAUCCCCCUGUGACUUGAGCCCAGAAUG